UUUACUAGCUAGUUUAGUUAUAUUAUUAAUUUACAUGUAAAGGGGCUCUAGCUUGAUAUACAGGCAAGAGCCUUGUACCUAUUGUGAGGAUUGAACACAAAAAUGGAGAGCAUUGAAAUUAGCAUUCCUACUAAACCUGAGCUGCAUGAGAGUGGCACGAAAUCUGGAGCCAACAAAGCUUGGCUUCGAGAUCAGAUUCAGAGUGUAUGGGAUUUUUGCAAGGAAGACACUGGUAGAGAAAUAUUUGCACUCAAAGCUGGGCUGGCUGUUCUUCUUGUGUCUUUGCUUAUAUUAUUUGAAGCCCUAUGCCAAGUCUUUGGGCCAAAUAUUGUAUGGGCCAUUCUCACUGCUGUCCUUGUAUUCGAAGACACUGUUGGAGCAACGUUUAAUCGAGGAUUUAAUCGAGCACUGGGAACCUUGGUGGCGGGAAUCUUGGCCAUUGUUGUUGCUGAGACAGCACUAUCCUGUGGCCAUGUCGCUGAGCCUAUUAUCAUUGGCCUUAGUAUUUUCAUGAUCGCCGUCAUAACUUCGUACAUGAAAACUUGGCCACCGCUUGUGCAGUAUGAGUACGGGUUUAGGGUGGCACUGCUAACCUAUUGCUUGAUCAUAGUUUCUGACUAUCGAAUGGGAAAUCCAAUUAGAACUAUGUUCGAUCGGUUGUAUUCCAUCGCCAUUGGAGGAAUAAUAUCAAUGUUGGUCAAUGUCUCUAUUUUUCCUCUAUGGGCUGGGGACCAGUUACAUAAAGAAUUGGUCAAAAACUUUCAUUCAGUGGCAGAUUCACUUGAGGAAUGUGUCAAGAAAUAUUUAGAAGAUGUACCAGAGAAGUCUAAAGUCACCAUGGCUAGCAUAGAUGCAUUUCCAGACGAACCGGCUUAUAAGAGAUGUCAAAGCAGCUUGAAUUCAGGGUCAAAGCUUGAGACUCUGGCAAAAUCAGCAAAAUGGGAACCACCACAUGGUAGAUUCAUGCACAUUUCAUAUCCAUGGGCACAAUAUGUUAAUGUUGGGGCAGUCUUGCGAUACUGUGCUUAUGAAGUUAUGGCACUCCAUAGCAUUGUACACGCUGAAAUUCAGGUACCCUACAAAUUGCGGGUUGUGUUCCAAACUGAAAUCCAAGAGGCAUCAAACCAAGCUGCAGAGAUAGUAAGGAUUUUGGGAAGAGACAUUAGCCGCAUGGAGUGGAGUCUGAAAAAUUCCCAUAUUAACAGGCUUCAUAGCUCUAUUAAGAGGCUGCAACGUUCUAUGUACUUCCAAUAUUCUUAUCUACUGACAUCCACUUUUGAACCCCCUAUCCUUGAUAACUCUUCAAAGUCCUUUGCAAACAAUAUUUCACAUAUCUUCUACCAUUUACCGUAUCAAAGGGAGAUGGCAGAACAAGUAGAAUGUUAUCAUGAGAUAACGAGGAAGCAGUUGAAAAGACUAUAUUCUUGGCCACCUAGAGAAGUGGAUGCUUUUGAAGAAGAUAGUGAGAAAAACAUUAAGUUGUUAGCUGGGGAGAGAAAGGCGAAAGCCUUAGAGAGUACUGCAAUUUUGUCAUUGACUAACUUCGCUUUCUCGCUCGUGGAGUUUGUGGCAAGAGUUGACCAUUUGAUAGAGGCAGUUGAUAAGCUUUCCAAGAUGGCCAAGUUCAAGCCUAACGAUGGGUUAUAGAAGGAAAGGUGCAAUACAAUUCUGUGUAUGACAUUCAAAUUUUACUAUGUUAGUAGGUAAGAUUAAGGAUUGGGCAGUGUUGUCAUGGACUAUCGAAAAGAUUUCCAAGUAACAAGAAGCAUCCGAUGAUGUUCGAUAGAAUUCAUAUAUUG